AUGGAUUGGAUGCCUGAGCAUCCACCAAACUUCAUGAAGAGGAUGCGAGAGCCUUCUGAGAAGUCAAAGAAGGCCAAGAAGGAAAAACUGGGAGAAACUUCUGGGUCAAGACCUCCAGUUUAUCUGACUGACUCACCAAGUAAGUCUCUGCCUCCUUCUCGCUCUUUCAAUUUAAAGCAAAUUGCUUCUUCUCUUCCCCAAACCACUCUUAUCCACACCCAAUCUGAAACCCCACCCUCUACCACUAAACUCUCUAACACUCCAACCUCUAAUCCACUAUCUACCCCACUUCAAAAAUUCAACCUCUCCACCACUACCUUACCUGUUUCUGUAGAAGAAAUGUUGAACAAAUCCACCUCACCAUCAUCUUCUAAACCUUCAUCUCCACCCUACUACGUCCCAUCAUCAGACUCAGAACUGUCUGACCCUCAAUCCCCCACACUAGCUCAGCUUCAGGCACAUGCUCUUGCCUCUCAACCACAACCUGAACCAGAAACUAACACUCCACCACCUGAACAACAAAUUCCACCAUCCUUUGAACAACCACAAACACCACCAUCUGAACAAACCCAAAAUCCACCACCUGAACAACCAACACCACCACCCUCUGCUACCCCCACCAUACCACCCUCUGAAGACAUCACCUUCCCUACCCCUAAGACUCCCACUAACACCACCCAAACACUACCAUCUUCCCCAAAAUCUGAACCAGAUCAUACCUUUCCCACCUUAGAAGAAGCAAACGCUUUAUUUGCUGAGUCUUCAGUGGAUAAGAUCAAGUCUCUGUCUGUAAACUCCAGUAUCAGUGAUGAUCCCUCUGAAGUAAGGAUUCACUGGAACAGAGUGAUCAAAUGGAUGAACUCUGAAUCCUUCAAACUGAAAUGCCUCUCUGAACAAGUCUGCAAUGACUUCGUCAAAGAUGCUGGAGUAAGGCUACAGGAUCUCUUGGUCAGAGAGGCUGAGGAAAAGGCCAGAAGAGAAGCAGAAGAGAAAGCUCUCAUGGAAGAGGAGAAACGGGCUAGAGAAGUUGAAGAGAAGGUUGUUGUUGCUGCGGCUGUUGCUGAAGCUGAGGGAAAAGCAAAAGCCGAAGUUGAAGAAGCAGCACACAUUGCUACGAAGGGAGCUGCAAAGGCUAACGCUGAUGCUCUGACUCAGGGGGAGCAAUCUAACUCUGGUUUCUCCCCUCUGGUCCUAAAGACCUUGGAAGAACUGUAG